CUGAAUUUCGAAGAACUGACAGCUGUCCUCACGGAGGUAGAAGCCGUAGUCAACUCCCGUCCGGUGACUUUCAUUUCCACCGAUGCAAAAGAACGAGAGGCUCUCACUCCAGCACACUUUCUGGUGGGACACAAAUUGACCAGCAUUCCCUCCCAUCAAAUGCCAGAAGAAGAUCAAGCAAGCCCCGUAAACUUGGCGCGAGGUGGGAAAUAUCGAAACACAGUUAUGAAUCAAUUUUGGAAAAGGUGGAGAUCAGAAUAUUUGCUAGAACUGAGGUCAGCCCAUAUCGCUAAACCCAGCAAUUCAAGCUGUAUACCAACCGGUGACCUGGUCCUUCUCAAGGACGAUAGACUACCGCGACACAUGUGGAAACUCUGCAGGGUCAACGAGACAUUCCCAGGAAGGGACGGCAAGGUGCGGUCUUGCAGAAUAAUUACACCCAGUGGUCGUGAACUUUGCCAGCCGAUACAGUUAUUACAUCCCCUGGAACUGUAA